UUCUACACCCCUAGUAUCGCCGCGUUCACUACUGAGCAGACAGAGCAUCGCGUUAGGUCAUUUAAAGUGGAUUUCUGUAAUCAGGACCACUCUCCAACCAUGGAAGAACUCACGGCGUUCGUGUCGAAAUCUUUCGAUCAGAAAACCAAGGAGAGCAGCAAAGAGAGUAUCACGUACAGGGAAGUUUUGGAGAGUGGCUUAGCGCGAGCCAGGGAGCUCGGAAACUCGGAAACAAACCUCCAGGACAUUACCGAAACGAAUAACCAUUGCCCGGUGCAUCUAUUCAAGGAUCACGUAGAGCUGGAGAAGGAGAAAUUGAAGGAGUUUAACGUGGCGAGGGCUACUGAUGGUAUUUAUGAGUGCAAAGAGAAGAAGGAGGACGUGAAAUCCGAGGACGAGGACGCGCAGGGUAAACUGAAGCAGAGACGGAGCAGGACAAACUUUACCUUGGAACAGCUGAAUGAGCUGGAGAGGUUAUUUGAUGAGACCCACUACCCCGAUGCCUUCAUGCGCGAAGAGUUGAGUCAAAGGCUGGGCUUAUCGGAGGCCCGGGUACAGGUAUGGUUUCAGAAUAGAAGAGCAAAAUGCCGAAAACAAGAAAACCAGAUGCACAAAGGUGUCAUUUUGGGCUCGGCCAGUCACCUGGAUGCGUGCAGAGUCGCUCCCUACGUCAACAUGGGUGCUUUAAGAAUGCCAUUUCAACAGGUCCAAGCCCAGCUCCAGCUGGAGGGGGUGACCCACUCACACCCUCACCUGCACCCCCACCUGGCAGCGCACGCCCCCUACCUGAUGUUUCCUCCCCCGCCCUUCGGACUCCCGAUUGCCUCGCUGGCAGACUCAGCGUCGGCGGCGGCCGCAGUGGCAGCAGCUGCCAAGAGUAACAGCAAGAACUCCAGCAUCGCCGACCUGCGGCUCAAGGCAGGACUGCUUGGAGGCCACUGGCUCAGCCCUUUCCAGUCCCAGAUCACAGCCCCGGGACCAUACAAAAAUGUCUGGAUGUCUGUCUGAAAGCCAGCAGUUUAGGAGCGGAGACUCUUAGGAAAUGAGCAAUGCAGCAGACAGACUCAGUGACUGAGGGAGGCUAGGGCGUGAGCGGUUCUCUCAGAGUGUGGUUUACGGACACACGUGAAAGUUUGGAUUCUCGACCUCACAAAGAGAAAUGGCCAUUUCUAUUAUUUUAAAUUUUUUUAAAUUUUUUUUUGCCUUCGACCACUGUGUCUGUGCCGCUGCCAAGUGCAUGGUUUCAAAUGAAGGAUAGUUCUACUGGGGCUGGCCUCCAUUGUAACUGACAUUCACCUGACUAUGUUGAUCACUGCCAUGACAACUUUCCACUAUAAUCUGCACAUAGACUCAUUAUAUAGUUCUUGGUUUUUCAUUCCACCAUGGACAAAGAUGGGAAGCAGCAGUCAUGCCGAGGGUACACGCUUCAGCUUUCAGUGAAAAUCUUGCGUUUGUUUUCCUGUUUUACGGAGGAAGCAGUAUGUCCACCAGGCAUGAGUCAGAAGGACUUUAGCUUUUGUUUUCAUAUUUUUUGCUCUCUCUUUUCUUUUGUGACUUGUCAUGGGAAUAGAAGUGAAACUAGCUUUUGCACUUCAGGUCUUGUAUCAAGGUGUUUACAAUCCUUAUUGCAAGAAAAUACUACUCUUCUAUAUAAGGGGAUGAAAUGUUGACUCACUGGGGUUUCAUGUCAUCAAAAUACAUUAAAAUGACAUUUUUCAAAGGGAAAAAGGGUAACUGCAAUUUUGUAAUUUAAAGUAUUAAGGAAACAUCAGUUUAACUGAAAUGCAAUUAUGUGCAGUUAAGUGCAAUACUGUAAAUAUGAGAAAAAAUAGCAGUUGAUGUUUGCUAAUCAAUAAACAACAAUUUUUAGUUGUUUUUUGACACUGAUAUUAAUGUGUUCCAAGUUCUUUUCCACAGACACGUUUGUUUUAGGCUGUGUAAAUGAUGUCUUGCUAACUCAUUUACACCUGUAUGCCCUAACCGCCCAUGUGUGAUGGUGAUAAAACAUAGUUUUGUAUAUGUACAUUUUAAGAGUCAUUGACAUUACAUGGAAGUAGACAAGGCAAAUUAAUUUUGUUCUGUACAAAGUGACACCAGUUCUUUUAGGUUUAAUACACUCCUCUGACUGUCCACCAAAGACUAGCUCUUCAUAAUAACAUGAAUCACAACCUCAUGGAUGAAUUUAAAGUUUUAGAAUCGUUUACAGCAUUGAUUUGCUUUCCCACACAUAAAUACUAUAAGUAAUAAGUUUCUGUCAAAAUAAUUAAUUACAAAUACAAUUAAAUGCAUAAACCUUUUAAACUUUGAGAACAUGAACUGGUAUUGUGUGCAGGCUUUUUGUGUGCAGGCCUGUGGACGCUGUCAGUUUCAAUACUGAUUGCCUUUGAACUAGUAGAUCCUAGUUAGGUCUACCUCUAAUAGAAAAUUUUACAUUGUGGGACAUUUUUGCCUUUCACUACCAUGAAGGGUUUUUUUUAUGUUUCCAUUUCUUUAAUUGAGGUUGUAGAUGAUUUUUAUUUAUUGUUUUGUCAGAAAGUUUCUAAAUGUUGAAUGAUCUGAGUUCAAGUGUACAUUUUUACAUGGCUUUGCAUUUAUUUUUAUACACUUUUUAAAUGCUUACAGUUUGCAACAGUUUGAAACAAAUAUGUGACUGCAAAACUUUUGUCUGACCUAAAUGUAGCGUGUCCGAGUUUACGAACAUUUCAGGGAUGGUGGAUAAAAUCAUAAACUUAUGAGUUGAAAUUUCCUUGCCGCUCCAUGAAAUUUGUUGUAUCCCAUCAUAGUUGACAUUUCAUAUGCAAGCAUGCCCAAACAUGACUCGCCAUUGAGUUCCUAUAUUUUAUUGUCCCCCCACCCCCCAAAAAAAGAAGAAAUAAAGAAUGUACAUCUUGUACA